AUGGUAGCGUCCUACAACAACCCUUUCCUUGGCCAUGGAGUCAUUUCCGUUCAAUCUGAAUAUCUCGAACUCGAAAGCCGCGGUGCCCUUGUUACUGGGACGCCUGGGAUUGGCAAAUCAGUGUUUCUUAUCUACUAUCUUCUGGCUAAAAUAUUAGCUCGCAAACAACCGGUAUUCUUCCAUAUCCAAGCUAAUACAUUUGUCUUUCUUGGACCCGAAGUGACAGAUGUACAUGGAUUGGACUAG